CGGAACAGAACAGUAUAAAUGUGGGACGCGUCCGCCGGAAUAUCCGAGUUGUUUUGGGUAUUCCAGUCGCAACCUAAGUGCAGCUAGUUAAGUCUGAAGUAGUUCGUCUAGGCGAUUUUCUUCAGCUUAAGAUAAAAUCAAGUGGAUAAUACGUUUGAAACUUUUUUGAAAUGGCAGCAUUCAGUGAGCCUCAUUUUGAUGCCUGGCAGUCAGGCAUUGGCAACAUGACCGUCGUGGACAAGGUCCCACCGGAAAUGUUGCACAUGGUUCAUUCGCACUGGAAUCAAUUCCCACCGAUGAACCCGCUAUGGCACUCGAUUCUUGGAUUCGUGAUAUUCGUGCUCGGUGUCGUAUCGAUGAUCGGCAAUGGUUGCGUAGUCUACAUCUUCACCACCACCCGAAGCCUCCGCACCCCAUCCAACUUACUAGUGGUCAAUUUGGCUUUCUCGGACUUCCUGAUGAUGUUUACGAUGGGACCGCCAAUGGUGAUCAACUGCUAUCAUGAGACCUGGGUCUUCGGACCAUUCGCGUGCGAACUGUACGGAAUGUUUGGAUCACUGUUCGGCUGUGCCUCGAUCUGGACCAUGACUAUGAUUGCGUUCGACCGAUACAAUGUCAUCGUGAAAGGUUUAUCUGCCAAGCCACUGACCAACAACGGUGCCCUUCUGCGAAUCCUGGCUAUCUGGGCGUUUGCUCUUUUCUGGACUCUGGCUCCAUUCUUCGGAUGGAACCGAUAUGUCCCAGAAGGAAACAUGACCGCCUGCGGUACCGAUUAUCUGAACAAGGAAUGGUUGAGCCGCUCGUACAUCCUGGUAUACGCCAUCUUCGUGUACUGGAUGCCUCUUCUUACCAUCAUCUACUCAUACACCUUCAUCCUGAAGGCGGUAGCCGCACAUGAAAAGAACAUGCGCGAACAGGCCAAGAAGAUGAACGUCGCUUCUCUGCGAUCCUCGGAAGCCCAACAGACCAGCGCCGAAAUCAAACUGGCUAAAGUUGCCCUGGUCACCAUCUCCCUGUGGUUCAUGGCCUGGACUCCCUAUCUAGUGAUCAACUUCACCGGUGUUCUCGGCACUGCUUCGAUCAGCCCACUGGCCACCAUCUGGGGAUCACUAUUCGCAAAGGCCAAUGCCGUGUACAACCCGAUUGUAUACGGAAUCAGCCAUCCCAAAUACCGCGCUGCCCUGUACCAGAAGUUCCCAGCGCUAUCUUGCCAGGACGACCAUUCCAGCGAUGCUCAAUCGGUUUCCUCUGGAGCAACCACCGCUACAGAAGAGAAGGCUUAAGGGUUAAAAAAAAACAAGGCGAAACAGAGCUUACAUGGUGAUAUUUUUUUUGGGAGAUAUAGUUUAUUUGUCAAUUUAGGAAUAAUUAGACGCAAAGCAAAUCGUGAAUAGAAAA